AUAAAUUGGUCUACGUCUUAUCUGUUCAGUAAGUCCCCUUUUUGAUUAUGUUUGUGGGGAAUCACAUUUAAAACACUGCACAACAAGCACUGCAGCGCAGAUUGAAUUGUAAUCUAAAAUGAAGUGGCCACUGUGCAUUGCUCUGAUCUUCGUGUUAACCGUGCACUCGAAACCGAUCAAUCACGGUGCUUUGGGACCCGAAAUUGAAUGUCUUAAGCAGUACAUGGAUAUUAUAGACGAUAUUAUGAAGGAAGUUCACUCAAUAACGCCACCUGAGAAUGAGGCUGUUGGCGAAUACGUCGUGUGCUAUUUGAAGAAGAGGCAAAUUUUGGAAGAUAACGGGGAAAUUAACGCUGAUAACAUUUACAAAUAUUGGAGCGAGGUCUAUUACACUACCAUUAGCUCAGAUAGCGAGGAAAAACAAUUACGCGACGCCGCUGCUGAGUGUGCAAAAUUAACGGCCCCUAAUCUACCUAUUCUGGGGCUAAAAAUUAAAAAUUGUUUACUGGAAGGUGCCCGAAAAUUACCAUUCGUGGGGUGAUUUAAAAAUUUUAUUCUUUUAUUAUGAAGCAUUAUCCCAAUGCAAUAAAAUAUGAGUUAUGGUGUAAUAAGGCACCAGCAAAUUAAAUAAAAUUACUGUUAUAUUA